UUUGCUGAGACAGUAAAGUUGAGAAAGUGAUGUGCGCAGACAUCGCGCGUUAUAAACGCCGCCUUGCGGUUAUUUAUUCAAUGAAACUUGUCUGAUAUGGCAUGGCAUGGGUAAUCAUAAGACUACCUACUACUUGCCAAUUUGAUAAAGCCCAAGGUGACCGAUCCUUUGUGUAAAACACACAGAACGCCAGGGUGACAAGUGGAUACUGCUCUGAAGGCAGUGCUGGAGACACUCAAAUAUGCAGACUUUCUGGCUACACAUGUGAAGGUGAAAUGAUUCCUUUACUUCCAAGGCUGGCUCCUACAUUUUAUUUUUUAACAUUGUUGCUUCUGGAUCCUUUUGAUGAACAUGUCUGAAAUUUAAUUCUGCUCUAAAGGUUCUAAACGAAAACUUCAAAAUUUGCGUACAUUUACUGCCAAAGAUUCAAGCUACUUUUCCUAUACCCCAUAGAUGGCACGUCGAUGUAGCUUGGAGUCCCUGGAGGACCAGCUCCUGUGUCCUAUCUGCCUGGAGGUGUUUGUGGAGCCACUGAUGCUAAAAUGUGGCCAUUCCUAUUGCAAAUCCUGCAUCAGUUCCCUGGCUGUUGAUCCAUUCAGCCAGUUCCCAUGUCCUGUGUGCCGCUGUGAGGUGGACUGGAGCAGUUCCCCACCCAAUGUGUCAUUAGCCAGGAUAGUGGAAGCACUAAGGGAACUGAAUGGUAGCAGCACAGAGGGUGAGACCUGUGUGGAACACCAUAACCCACUCAGCUUGUACUGUGAACAAGACAAGGAGGUCAUCUGUGGUUUGUGUGGCAGCAUCGGAGCACACAGGAGCCACAAAAUCACCCCUGUCACAAGUGUAUAUAGCAGGAUGAAGGAGGAUCUGUCCACUUUGAUGACUGAAAUUCAGACACAUAAGAGAAAGCUGGAAGGGCAGAUUUGUAAAAUGGCAUAUAACAAAUCACGAAUUACGAAUGAGUCAGAUGUCUUCAAGUGGGUCAUUCGUAAAGAAUUUGGUGAGCUGCGACACUACAUUGAGGAAGAGGAGUCCAACUUUGUGCAAAUGGUGGAGCUAAAGGCAAAUGCCCUGAUUAGCACGAUUGAACAACAAGUUGCAGACAUGACUCAAACACUGGGCAAGUUUCAGGAGAUCCAGAGCACUUUAGAACAGUUGAACAAUGAGAAUCACCUUAACUUCAUCAGGAAGUAUGGCUGUAUCGUUCUUAGGUGUAGAGAAGCACAACAGCAACAGCAGACAGCCACUGCGGUGUACAAUGCAAUUUCUUUUAAGCCAGGCUUCCACAAUGAUGAUAUCAAAAUGACAGUGUGGAAGAGACUUCACCGGAGAAUACUGCCAGCCCCUGAGACCCUGAAGCUUGACCCCCUGACAGCACACCCAACGCUAAAACUGAGCCGUGACAACACAGCGGUGGAGUGUGGCAUCCUGGUCAACAGGGUGCCCAAUAAUAUGGAACGUUUCAGCUACAGUUACUGUGUUCUAGCAAACCGAGGUUUUUCUUCUGGUAAGCACUACUGGGAAGUAAUUGUUGGAGAGAAGAUAAAGUGGAGGCUAGGCCUCAUUAAGGGGACCACAAGUCGCAAGGGCAAACUUCCCAAAAACCCAGACAGCGGAGUGUGGCUAAUAGGGUUGAAGGAAGGCCGUCUGUAUGAAGCUUUUGCCAACACCCGCAUACCAAUUCCUGUGACAUCUAGGCCAAGCAAGAUUGGAAUCUUCCUGGAUUAUGAGAAAGGUGAACUGACUUUUUAUGAUGCAGACAGUGACAAUGAGCUUGGCUUCAUCUACAGCUUCCAGGCAGAGUUGCAGGGAAAGGUGUAUCCUCUCUUUGAUACUUGCUGGCACGAAAGGGGAACAAACACUCUUCCCCUUAUUCUAUUCCACUCUAAUAAAAAGACUUCCUAA